CCAGGCAAGGCUCACUCCAAGCACCAGGGCAGGAUGCUGCUCUGCCACGUGGCAUCCUCAGUGCUGGGCCGUGGGGUUCUGACCUGCAGGACCCAGCUCCGGCAGAACCAGCAUCGCCCAGUCCUGCUUCUUCAUCUCCAUGGAGACGUGCAAGGAGCAGCGCAGAUGGUGGUAUGCAAAACAGAGCAAGAAAUAAUGCGGUUUGAAUGGGACCAGCUGCAAAUCUCAAGGAGCUGCAGGUAGAUUUCCUGCACUGAGAAUCACUGGGACAGCCGGGCAGCGCCGUGCCAUCAGUGCACGUUAGUGGGCACCUCUCUGUGGUGACAGUAAUUCUCCCACAUGCGCAGGGCUGGAGGAAAAGCCUUUGGUGCUCUUACGGAACGCCGUGGCUGAUUUAUAAGGGUUAUCCCAGGGCUGCUGCUGCUGGGCAGAGUGCCUCUCCUGGUAGCACGAGGAUGUUUGUUGUGAGGGGUUUGGUCUCUGGUGAUGCUCAUUCUGAUUGAAGGUUUCAGAGCAGCGGGAGUGACAGAAUUACAGCCCAGAACGUACCGGUGUUGGAGCCGAUCAGCCACAGCAGGCCUGUGAAACAGAGAGGAUGGUGGCUUUCCUGCUGUUGUCAGCAAAGCGUUUACUGGGCACUUUCUGGCCUUCCCUUGGCUCGACACCAUCCCAGAAAGGUGCUGAUGCAGCUGAAGAUCGUUCCAUUGCAUUCUUUCCAGCACCACUGCCGCAUUACUGAGCGCAGACAGGAGGUGUGCUGGCAGCAGGGCAGCCAACAGCAGCAACCACUGCAGCCUCUGCUCUUCACAGCCCAGCCUGGCACCUCCCCAGCCACACAGCCUCCAUGUGACCUUCGUGUCACAGCUGUGACCCUUCUGGACAUCGUCACAUCUCAGCCCUGGGCUGCAGUCAUAAUGAGAACCAGGCACCUGGACAGCAACCCUAAAACCACUGCUGAAAGGGAGGGAGAGACUGAAUUCAACCUCCUGCAUGCUUCAGGGCUGCAGGGAGCAGCCUGCUGAGCCGUGUCCUCCGGUGUGCAUCCCUUGGGAUGGCUCUGGGUUGGAGGGGAAAUGAGCGAGCAUCCCUGGCUGUAAGCAGGGCUGCUGGGGGUCCUUCUGGCUGCUGCAGGUUCACGCUGACUUCCAGGGAAAGGACUCCCUCUGCCUGCUGGCUGCAGGGAGCAGAAGGCUGCAGCAGCUGAUGCCGCAUCCCAUAUCCGCACAUCCACAGCCACGCAGCCCAGCGCUGUGGUUCUGACCCCAGAUCCCAUCCUGCACCUGCAGAUUUGUUCAGGUCAAGUUGGGAGCUUCCAGAUCUACUGGAGGGUAAAAUCCAGGCCAUCAGCGACUCGGACGGAGUGAACUAUCCCUGGUACGGAAACACGACAGAAACCUGCACCAUCGUGGGUCCCACAAAGAAGGAGUCCAAGUUCAACAUCAGCAUGAACGACAACUUCUACCCGAGCGUGACGUGGGCAGUGCCCGUCAGCGAGAGCAACGUGGCCAAGCUGACGAGCAUCCACCGGGAUCAGAGCUUCACCACCUGGCUGGUGGCCACCAACACGGCCACCAACGAGAUGGUGACCUUGCAGACUAUCAAAUGGAGGAUGAGGCUGGGCAUAGAGGUGAACCCCAGCAGACCCCUGGGGCAGCGUGCCAAGCUGCAGGAGCCCUCGGCUCAGGAGCAGCCCCAGGUCCUCAGCAAGAAUGAGCCAAUACCACCCAGUGCCCUUGUCAAACCCAAUGCCAACGAUGCUCAGGUACUCAUGUGGAGGCCAAAGGACGGAGCGCCGCUCGUGGUGAUACCUCCCAAGCACCGAUAGUAACAAACCUGGCGUCCCGGCACUGAAAGGGAGAAAACGUAACUGGAAACAAAGCGAAACAAUCACUUAGGUGUUAGAAUAAACACGUAUAAUCUGAGCGAAAUCAAAAAUGCACUUUUUAGUCAUUCAACAGAUGCAACCAUUCUACCUUCUCCCAUUGGGACGGAUUUCACUGUGCUAAAGCUACAGAGGAGACCUCGGGCCGGGGUCUGUCUCACCACUGGAUUCCUAAGGGAAGGAAUGAACACUGAUGUCUACCAGUAUUGCUUUUUUUGUUCUCUUCCCUCUUUCAGUUCCUGUUUGAACUUCAGUCUCAUUAGCUUGCCCAGACUGCCCACGACAAUAAGAGCAUUUUAUUUGGGAUUUUAAGAGUCUUUUGUUGUUGUUUUUUUUUUUUCCUUCUCCUUUUUGGUUGAGAACAGAAGUUCCUGGGGCAACAAGUCAACUAUUUAAGAUAAGGAUUUUUCUUUUUUAAGCUGUAAGGUUCUGAGUUGCAAAUCCAAGUCAUGCGGCCUUAUGUAGACUUUGCUUUGCAUUGCCAAACUUUUGCCUUAAAGCUACGUCUGAAAACAACAACAACAACAGCAACAACAAAAACACCACCGGGCAGAAUGUCCUUUCUACAGAGCUUGUGGGAAAAGAGCUUCGGAGCGAGGAGGAGAUGGUCAGCGCGUCACAGGCAAACGAAAAGGGCACGGGAUUGGAAGAAGCACCAUCAAAAGAAAAACCUUCCUGGUUUUCAAUUGAGGAAGCUCGGAAAUCAUCUCGCUUUCAAAGCAAUGCAAAUAACCUGCUGUCGGAUGGAGCUCCGCCGCCGUCUCCCCGCUCGGCAGGAGGAAUCGAGCUCACCCCAUUUGCACUUCUCGGCGUUGUACCACGGGAUGCUCUGAUGGGCAGAGCCAGCAGCUGCAGCCUCGGGGUCACCACUGUGUGCAGAGGCAUCGAGACACACGGGUGUAAGCGAGGGCAGAUCCAUCCACCGCGUCUACCCAGCAAUAUCCACAGUUCAGGAACGGCCGUUCCUAGCAAACACUAGAGACAAAAGCUACGAAAAACUCUUCUUCCUACGGUAACGAAUCACGUUGGGGUUCGUAGGUAUUUUUCUUCCCAAUGACCUCAUGAUCUACACAACUUCCAGGACCGGGGUGAGACCGUGCCCGUUUGGUUACGUAGCCAAGGAUCCUGCACCGGGCGGGAAGCAGGGAAGACCCACAUCUCGGGUGUAGAUCCUCCAGUCAAGAAAGUGCAUUUGGAGCAGGAGCCAAAACCUGGGUUUCAGCAAGAACCUCAUCCAGAUGGCUUCAGAGAUAGCAGAUGUGCUUCUGCAGAGGAAGGGGGUGCGGGAAGGUUGCUCUUAGGGGGGAGGGGGCGCCUGUGGCAGCGCUUUCUGUGAGAUAACAUUUCUUCCUCUUAUUCACAACACGCCUCCAGAGCUGGGGCUGAGCAGAGCCCAGCUGCAGAUGCUCCCGGCCCUGCAGAGCUGGUCCGAGCAGGUCUCGGUGCCACGCUCGCUGCUCAGAAGGUUCUCCCAUGGGGGAGCACCAUUCGCUGCUAUUGCCACCUCCUCCUCCCACACAACAAGAAUUUCUCCUCCUUCGCUUCUCCAAAGCCGCGCCGUCUAUUAUGGCAGCAGGUUCAGCAUCUCCCCUGCGUGGGGAAAGCACGCCCCACAGCCGCCUCAAACCAGCAAACAUGGACGUGGGGUCCCUGCAGCGUGCCCCCCCAGCAGGGUGCCCUCCUCCCUGUGCUGCAGAGCUGCUCUCCCCCUGCGAUGGGAGACCCUACAGGUAGGCAGUCUGACAUCACAAGCAGCUUGCAAACAACUGGACUGGAUCGACCUCAAACCCAUCAGCCAAAGGUUGCCUACAUCUAGGCUUUGGGACGAUAAAGGACGAAGCUAGGGAGGCUUUGACUUGCACAGUCAUUCUCUAUUAAAUUCCAUUUUCUUACACGGAUUCGGAUCCCAACUACAGCUCCACAGGCACAGCCCUCAGGACUUGGCUGUCUUUUCUCCUAGGCAAUACAUGCAGAAGAGGACAAAACGGGAGCUGUGGGCGAUUGCUGGUAACACUUGCACACACCUCUGCUGCUGCUCCAGGCAGACCGGCGGGGGGGAGCAGAAGGGGUAUUUAUGUCUGGUAUUCACUUUGUCUCCAGGUGCUGAGUACUUACAGUUCUCACUGAUGUCAGCAUGGGUCGAACAAACGGGGCCCAGUUGUCUUAAUUAGCUGCACAAAGGAAUUCCAAGGAAAGAUUUAUUCUCAGUCACCAAAAAAAUCACAUUCAGGGAACACCUUUGUCCUUUUCCACUUCGCUUUGUGUUGGACUCAGUUUCUCCCAGCACAUCGAGUACAUCUGUUUCCUUCUCCCUCUACCUGGUGGACUGGAUGCACCCACACAAUUCCAUACCGACCUCCUGGCUAAGUUGCCCCGUUGCACUGAACGGACCCAGCUGAGCAGCAAAUAUAAAAUCCAACCUUCACUUCGGGUCAGCUUUGCAUGGACCUCUCCCUCCCCAAAGAAUGCCUUUAUCCCGUGCCUAGUUCGGACCAUGCCUCCCUCCACCUCCAUCCGCACCACCACACCCAGCAUAGAAAGUGCUGCUGCCUCUGGUGAGAUUCCAUGCUUUGUGGUUACAAACGAUGUUUUUCCAAUGCUGCUUCAUUGCGAAACCGACGAGGACAGAUGGGCUGUAUCUGAAAGGAAGGGUGGCUGGAAGGGGUGGGUGCUGCCAGCACCGCUGGGUGACAGCUGGGGAGUGGGAUGGGGACCCAGGGCAUCCAUCCAGGAAAGCAAGCUGCUGCUCUGGCAGCACUCUGCAGCAAAACUAGAAAGGAUGCCCUGGGAAGGGGAUGGAGAACCGCGCUGCCUCACCACUGCCAGCAGCACCAGGGUCAGGAGCCCAGCAGAGCAAACCCAGACUCAGAGCAGUGUGGGAGAAGGGGAGGUGGGUUGGCCCAUUCAUUCUGCACGGCCCUGGGAAGGCGAGGGGUGAGGCACAGCAAUAAGACUUGUCCUUGGUCUUGCAGAGAUACUGUGAAAACAAAACCACGAUGUACCAAGUCUGGACACUCAUGGCGAUGUAAAAACAAAACCCUGCUUUUAUAACAGACGGAAAAAUAAAAUGAAGUUUUCAAA